CAGUCCCUCCGCCGCCGCUCGGCGAUGCUCUCCUCAUCGAUCGCCUUCCCACCGCUCCGCCUAACCCCUCCCUCCGCAGCUGCUCCUCGCUGGAGGUCAGCUGCCGCCGCCGUCACCAUCACGAUGCGGGACCGGAGCAAGAACAGGAAGCCAACCCAGCGAGGGCGCUACCUCAGCAGCGAGGCCAUCCAGGCCGUCCAGUCCCUCAAGCGCGCCACCCUCUGUGGCGCCCCCGCCGCCGGCGCCGUCGCGACGGACCCCAAGCUCCAGCGGCUCCUGAAGGCCGACAUGGUCGCCGUCUUCCGCGAGCUCGCGGCGCAGGGCGAGGCCCUCCUGGCACUCAAGGUCUUUGAGGAGAUUCGAAAGGAGCACUGGUACAAGCCCAGACUGUUCUGGUAUGUUGAUCUUAUUACAGUGCUUGCUAGCAAGGGUCUGAGGUCCGAGGUUGGCCAAGCAUGUUCGUAUCUGAAGAGGGAACAAUUAGAACCUGACACGGAUGGUUUCAAUCUGCUCCUGAAGACACUCCUAGAUGCUGAGUUCACACAGUUAACAAUGGACUGCUUCCGGCUUAUGAAACUAUGGGACAGCGAACCUGACAGGACAACAUACGUAACAUUGGUGAAAGGUCUUGAAUCCGUAGGAGAGACGGAUCUAUCUGCUCAGAUGAGGUUGGAAGCGGAAAGUGAUUACGGAGACCUCUGGGACUUCUUUGAUGAAGAGGAGGCGAUUGUCGCUUGAGCAGCCAGUUAUUAACAGGAUGGGUUGUAUGGCCAUUUUGGACGGGAAUCGUUUAAGGACAUUAUAUGCAGUGUUCGAACAAACGGAUGAAAGUCCAUAAUCUUGGACACAGCAGAAUUUGUUGUGCAACAAGUAGUGACUAGUUAAUGCCAAUAUCUGCCUGAGAUUCAUAAAUACUGAAGGACUAUCCACAGCUGUAUCGGUACAUGUUUUCAUCUAGG